CUGAGAUUCCCCUUGCAGCAAUGGACUUGGACAAACAAUCCGUGUGGGGAUCCCUGAAGCAGAAGACGCGGCCGUUCCUGCGAAACCUGAGCGUGAGGAAGACGAAGAAGAGGUCUGGCAAGAUGCUGGAGAGGAAGGGCCACUCCUUGGACCGCUGUCUCAGCGUGUCCGUGCCUGACAUGCUGGAGGUGGACACCCUCAUGGAAGAGGAGGAAGAAGAAGAAAUUACUUACACGGACGCUCAGGUGUUGUCGAGCUGCUCCCCCAAGAGCUUUUCCAGGUCUGUGGUGUCCCUGAAGAGCAGAAACACUUCGGUGAAGGCAGCGGGAGAGGACUGGCUGUGGGCGUCACAGCAGAGGACGCGGACGGAGGUGACAGUCACCCCCCCAGACAUGCAAGACGUGGGCAUUCAGCUGGUGUCCUCAAGAGGAGCUGAGGCCGUGGGCAGCCCCGUGUCUGAGGGGAAGAAGAGGAGAUCCAGCGAGGACCUCUUUGAGCUGCUGCAGAGCUCCCGGCUGAGUGCCACGCUGAGUGACGAGGGGACAGAGUGCCCGUGUGGAGAAAUGGAUUUUGACUCUUCCCUGUCAUCUCAAAACUUUGAUGACCAAAUGGCUCUGGAGGAAGCCAAUGACUGCCUGAGUGAGCUGCCCAGCCCCUUUGCCUACCUGCUGACCAUCCACCUGAAGGAAGGCAGGAACCUGGUUAUCAGGGAUCGUUGUGGUACGAGUGACCCGUACGUGAAGUUUAAAUUAAAUGGCAAAACUCUUUACAAAAGUAAGGUAGUCUACAAGAACCUCAACCCAGUUUGGGAUGAAACUGUUGUGCUGCCCAUACAGACCCUCGAUCAAAACCUCUGGAUCAAGGUGUACGAUCGUGAUUUAACCUCUUCAGACUUCAUGGGUUCGGCAUCUGUGGCACUCACUGAACUUGAACUCAAUAGAACUACUGAACAGGUUUUAAAACUGGAAGAUCCCAACAGUUUAGAAGAUGACAUGGGAGUGAUUGUAUUAAACUUGAGUCUAGCAGUCAAGCAAGGAGACUUCAAGAGAAAUAGAUGGUCAAGUCGAAAGAAAAGAACUUCAUCCAAGUCGAGUUUCACGCGGAACCUGCGGCUCUCGGAGUCGCUGCGCAAGAACCAGCUGUGGAACGGGCUGGUCACCAUCACCCUCUUGGAGGGCAAGAACAUGCCCAGAGGGGGCUUGGCAGAGAUUUUUAUUCUCCUCAAACUGGGGGACCAAAGAUACAAGAGCAAAACACUGUGUAAGAGUGCAAAUCCUCAGUGGAGGGAACAGUUUGAUUUUCACUACUUCUCUGACAGGAAGGAUAUGUUGGACAUUGAGGUGUGGAGAAAGGAUAACAAAAAGCACGAGGAGCUUUUGGGAAGGUGCCACGUUGACAUUACUGCCCUGCCAGAAAAGCAGAGCAACUGCUUGGAGCUGCCUCUGGAGAAACACCCAGGGUCCCUGCUGAUGCUGAUUUCUGUUGCCCCAUGUACAGGAGUGUCUAUCUCUGAUCUGUGUGUCUGUCCCUUGGGAGACCCCAAUGAACGGCAGCAGAUUUCUCAGCGUUAUUGUAUAAAGAAUUCCUUUCGGGACAUGAAGGACAUCGGCUUCUUACAAGUCAAAGUUUUAAAAGCAGUGGACCUGAUGGCAGCAGAUUUUUCAGGCAAAAGUGAUCCUUUCUGUGUCUUGGAGCUGGGAAACGACAUGCUUCAAACACACACCGUUUACAAGAACCUCAACCCAGAGUGGAACAAAGUUUUCACAUUCCCUAUUAAAGAUAUUCACGAUGUUCUGGAGGUGACAGUGUUUGAUGAAGAUGGAGACAAACCCCCUGAUUUCCUUGGAAAAGUUGCCAUCCCUUUGCUGUCUAUUAGAAACGGUAAACAAAGUUGUUACACACUGAAGAAUAAAGACUUGGAACGUGCUUCAAAAGGAGUAAUUUACUUGGAGCUGGAUGUCCUAUUUAAUCCUAUAAAAGCAAGUAUUAGAACAUUCAAGCCCCGAGAAAAGCGCUUUACUGAAGAGAACCGCAAAUUUUCUAAAAAGAUCUUAUCAAGAAAUGUUGAUCGCGUGAAAAAAAUCACCAUGGCAAUAUGGAAUACAAUACAAUUCCUUUGGAGCUGCUUUCUCUGGGAGUCCACGGUGAAGAGCCUGAUAGCAUUUGUGGUGUUUGUGGUCACUGUCUGGACCGUGGAGCUGUACAUGGUGCCCCUGGCCUUGCUGGUGCUCUUUGCGUACAAUUUCUCCCUCGUCACAACAGGGAAGGUCAAUAACGCCCAGGAUGCCCAGGAGCUUAUGGGCUUGGAUGAAGACGAGGAUGAAGAUGAUAAGGAAUCUGAGAAAAAGGGGCUGAUUGAGAGAAUCCACAUGGUCCAAGAGAUCAUCAUAGCUGUUCAAAGCAUCCUGGAAGAAAUAGCAUCGUUUGGAGAGAGGAUUAAAAACACAUUCAACUGGACGGUGCCUUUCCUCUCUGUCUUGGCCUGCUUGGUCCUGGCAGCAGCAACAGUUAUUUUGUAUUUUAUACCACUGAGGUACAUUGUUUUAAUCUGGGGCAUAAAUAAAUUUACUAAGAAGCUUAGAAAUCCCUAUGCCAUCGACAAUAAUGAGCUACUAGAUUUCCUCUCCAGGGUACCAUCUGAUGUUCAAAAGGUGCAGCAGGCUGAAUUGAAACCAUCCAGCAGCUCCAGCCCCAUCAGGAAGAAGCGGAGCACGCUCUAGGAUGCAGCAGGGUUUGGGAAUGCAGCACCUCCCUCCCUGCACACACGUGUGCACACACUGCACCCCUCCCCUCCUCAUGCUUCAGAACAACACUAGAGUCACUUGCCACGGACUUUCUCGUUCUUGGAAGAUGUGGUUUUUGAUAAACACUUGUCUUGGGUUUCUUUUCUGGGUUGUCUUUUUGGCAUGGAAUCCCAAAAAAGAGCAAGGUGAAAUGUGAAUGAUUUUGUGGGAUGGGGAGGAGAAUGGAAGAGGAUGGUGCAACUGCACCUUUUAUUUUUCUUUUUUUUUAUUCCCCCCUUUGAUUGUAGAGACAAGGCUGGAUGUGGCAGCACUCCCUGUGUUAUGUAGGAAGAGAUAAUUCUGCUUAGUGUAGCAGAUCAGCUGAGCUGAUGUGAGGAGAUGCUCUGAACCAGUUUUUAACAUAUCCAACAGAUUUACAUUAAGAUAUGAAAGCUAUUCUUUUCUGAGUUAAAUCACUGUGCCUAGAAAGGUUUAAGCUCUGAAUUAACGAG